GCGGGAGAGCGGAGAGGUUCGCCCGGGCAUCCUUCCGAGAGGAUUUGAGUGGGAGCCACGCGGGACCUGUCGCCUCCAAGGUUGUUUUUUCCCUCUCAAGACGGAGCAGCAGAGCAUGGCAGCGGAAGCCCCUGCCGUUUCCAGCGACCGGAAUCAAACCUGGGGCUCGCCCUGGCUGGACUUCAACGCCUCCAGGGCCUCCCUCCAUCAGCCCUCGGGGAAGGAGCAAGCCAGCUUCCUCUCUGAAAUCGGCGUGGAGAAUGUCGUCACCUUGAUUGCCUUCGGCCUCAUUUUCACCCUGGGCGUGAUGGGCAAUUCUCUGGUCAUCACGGUGCUGGCCCGGAGCAAGCCGGGCAAACCCCGCAGCACCACCAACAUUUUUGUGCUCAACUUGAGCAUCGCUGACUUGGCUUACUUACUCUUCUGCAUCCCUUUCCAGUCCACCGUGUACAUGUUGCCCAACUGGUCUCUGGGGACCUUCAUCUGCAAGUUCAUCCACUACUUCUUCACCGUCUCCAUGUUGGUCAGCAUAUUCACCCUGUCGGCUAUGUCGGUGGACCGCUAUGUGGCCAUUGUGCAUUCCAGGCGCUCCUCCUCCGUCCGGGUGUCCCGUAACGCGCUCUUGGGGGUCGGGAUCAUCUGGCUUCUCUCUAUUGCCAUGGCUUCCCCUGUGGCUCACCACCAGCGCAUUGUCCAUGAAAAAUUCCUCAACCAGACCUAUUGUUGGGAAGUCUGGCCCAAUCUCCAGCACAAGAAAGUGUAUGUUCUGUGUACCUUCAUCUUUGGCUAUUUGCUACCUCUGCUGCUCAUCUCCUUUUGCUAUGCUAAGGUCCUCAAUCAUCUACAUAAGAAGCUGAGGAACAUAUCAAAGAAGUCAGAAGCAUCAAAGAAGAAGACAGCUCAAACUGUCCUUGUGGUUGUAGUGGUUUUUGGGAUAUCCUGGUUGCCACAUCAUGUCAUCCAUCUCUGGGCUGAAUUUGGAGACUUCCCCCUAACUCAAGCUUCAUUUUUCUUCAGAAUAACAGCACAUUGCCUGGCUUACAGUAAUUCUUCAGUGAAUCCUAUUAUAUAUGCAUUCCUUUCUGAGAAUUUUAGAAAAGCCUAUAAGCAAGUGUUUGAGUGUCAGAUUGGUCACAAUUCGCCUCUGAAUGAAGUGAAAGAUAAUAAGAGUAAUAUGGACACGCCUCCAGUUACUAAUUCUACACAUGUUUGAAGAAUGAAUGUGGUUGGCUGUUCUGCUGCAGUUUCAUAAGAAUGGACUUGCUCUUGCUGCUUUUAUUUUUAAAAAAUGCAAUUCCCAAAGUGAGCAAAUAUUUCAAGUUUCGUAUUGGUCAUUAGUAUGCAACUAAUCAAAGUUCAAUUUAUUUUGUUGCUGAAAAGAGUAAGAAAAUCUGAUUCAUAGACAAAAUACUCUAAUACCCUUCUUUCUGAAAUAAUUUUG